UUGGGAGAUAAUGGAGGAGGUGGGACAAAAGGGCCUCCUGUCUGUUGUUGGCCAUUAGGGGAAAGGAGUUUUGACCUCACUUUCUGCGGAAUAAUAGGGUGGCCGGUGCCAGAAGUCCUGAGUGGGGAAUAGGUGGGAGCUUGACACUCCUGGGUCUGGAUGAGAGGGAGACUGGGGAGCGUGGCUUCUGUGUCCGCCGGGCACCAGCGGACCCUGCGCUGGGGCUGGAGGCGCGCCGAGAGGUGCAGUAAAUCCCUCAGGCAAGGGGGUGGAGCUGCCCGGCUGUCGCGCAUUGGCCGCGGUGGGGGGUGUGCGGCAAUCGCUGAUUGGCCGAGGCGGGACGCUAGGCGUGCGGAGGCCGCACCCCUACAGCCCCAGGCCACGUGGUGGGGACGGAUGACUGGGGAGGGAAAACAGGGCGACACCCUGAGGGGGAGGGGGAGGUGUUUGACCGCCUGGGCCCGUGGCUAUUAGGGCUAAGGGUCAGUGACCUGAGAACAGGAUUUGGAUGCCAAAUGUUCUAGGGUAGAAUUACGCAAGCACAAUGGUCCAGGAAUGGGAGUUUGAGGAUACAGCAGCAUCAAGAUUGUGGUGUCACAGUAAUUGGGAUGCAGAGUUGGGGGAAUUUUAACCACGGAAAGUUUGGGGCAGUGACAGGAGUACGAUGUAGGGGACACCUGAUGCAUUGCUAGGAUUAUAGGGAUCCUGAUGAACUGUAAUCGACUAACAGCUUCUAGGGGUCCUGAAGUUAGGGAGACACCCAUGAAAGGGCGUAACGAGAAAAUCCAGCUCUAACGACUGUUCCUAGAGGCUCAUCGACAAGUUGGCGACUGAAAUUUUCGGGUCUCACUGAAAGGCUCCAGAAAGAGGCAUGGUGAACUGGUUUUCUCUCUUCAGAGUUACAAAGAAUACACAUAUUUUCUCGUCGGAAAGAAAAACUAUAUUCAAACAGGGUUCGACUGCAACCCCACUCUCUUCAGAGGUCUUUUCCUACACUCUUUUCCCUUUUCAUACAUGAUAUAUACACCCACCGACAUUUGCAGUGUGUUUUUCCUUUUCACCAAAGGAUCGAGGUGUCUGCUCCUGGGCUCUUUCCUCUCUUACCUCAGGCUGGGCUGCUUAUCCUCGGUAGUGCUCCGUGACAAUACUUAUUAAAUGCAUUUUUGAAAACCGCUGCAUGCCCCCUGUUGCACUGCAUAAUGUGGGGGCUGAGAGGAAAGUGUAUUUCAAUUUACUCGCCUUGCUUCUCGGGCUCCAGCGCAUGCGCUCUGCGGCACGGUUCGGUUUCCCCCCGGGCGCUCUGUAAUUGGGGAGGCCUGGCGGGACUGGGGUGUCCGGCUGGCGGCGAGGGGGCGUGAGCAGGGCGGGGCCGGAACGUCUUUCUCCCGGGACGGGCACAGUUACUCGCCACACCGACCAUGGCUGCAGCCGCGCUGGGGCAGAUUUGGGCCCGAAAACUUCUCCCCGUCCCUUGGCUUCUGUGUGGUCCCAGAAGAUAUGCCUCAUCCAACUUCAAGGCUACAGACCUGCAGCUGGAGAUGACACAGGAGCCGCAUAAGAAACCUGACCCCUAUAAGCCCCUGGUGUUUGGGAAGACAUUCACCGACCACAUGCUGAUGGUGGAAUGGAAUGAGAAGAAGGGCUGGGGCCAGCCCCGCAUCCAGCCCUUCCAGAACCUCAUGCUGCACCCGGCCUGCUCUGGUCUGCACUACUCGCUGCAGCUCUUUGAGGGCAUGAAGGCAUUCAAAGGCAACGACCAGCAGGUGCGCCUCUUCCGACCCUGGCUCAACAUGGACCGGAUGCUGCGCUCAGCCCUGCGCCUCUGCCUCCCGAGCUUUGAUAAGGUCGAGUUGCUCGAGUGCAUCCGCCGGCUGGUGGACGUGGACAGGGACUGGGUUCCUGACGACACCGGUUCCAGCCUCUACGUGCGGCCUGUGCUCAUCGGGAAUGAGCCCUCACUAGGUGUCAGCCAGUCCACGCAAGCCCUCCUGUUCGUCAUUCUCAGCCCCGUGGGCUCAUACUUCCCUGGAGAUGCCAUGAAUGCUGUCUCCCUGUUGGCCGACCCAACAUUCAUCCGGGCCUGGGUGGGUGGGGUUGGUGACUACAAGCUGGGGGGGAAUUAUGGGCCCACAGUGUUUGUGCAGCAGCAGGCGAAAAAGAAGGGUUGUGAACAGGUCCUCUGGCUCUAUGGGCCCGACCACCAGCUCACAGAGGUGGGCACCAUGAACAUCUUCAUCUACUGGACCCAUGAGGAUGGGGUGCUGGAACUGGUGACGCCCCCACUGGAUGGUAUCAUCCUGCCUGGAGUAGUCAGACAAAGUCUGCUGGACCUGGCUCGGACCUGGGCUGAGUUCCGGGUAGUGGAGCGUAAGGUCACCAUGAAGGAGUUGGUGCGGGCGCUGGAAGAAGGACGGGUUCGGGAAGUCUUUGGUUCAGGCACUGCUUGCCAGGUCUGCCCUGUGCACCAAAUCCUGUACCAAGGCAAGGACUUACACAUUCCCACCAUGGAAAAUGGGCCUGAGCUUAUCAGGCGCUUCUGGAAGGAGUUGACGGCAAUCCAGUACGGCACCAGGGCUCAUGAGUGGAUGUUGUCGGUGUGACGCUGGGGGUUGUGCCGACCACCCUUUCGGAUCCACCGACCCGCAGCAUCUAGACCCCGCGGACCCUUGCCUCCCUACCAAUGGCUCACCUGAAGUGCAAUAUGAAAUAAGCCGGGGGCCGGGACUCCUGGGUCUCUGGCGCCCCCACGUGGUCGCUACGCUCCCAAAGCCAAGAGGGCCGGACCCAGGCGUCUGGGCUCUAGCCCCGCCACCCAGGCCUCGGGAUCUGGACUCCCAGCUGCUCUGUGCUGUGGGGUCAAGGAUGCCCUUUGGCCCCGACUCCGCAUCCCCGUUCUCAGGCCGGAUCUCCCGGUGCUGCUGUUGGUUUUUUCCUCUUCUUGCUGCAGUUUUGAAAUAAAAUGCCAAAGAACAAGA